AUGGCCACCCAAGAGCUCGGCGGCGGUUCUCUACUCAUCGCAUGGCAGCUCAAGAACAAGCGCGUACUCGUCGUUGGCGGUGGCCAAGUUGCUUCCGGACGCAUUGAAUCCAUCCUCGUCGCUGACGCGAAUAUCAUUCUUAUAUCACCCAAGGACGGCCUUACUUCCCGUACGAAAUUGCUACUGGAAGAAUAUCCAACACGCAUCACGUACAAGGACAGAGUUUUCCUAGGCCCCGAGGACUUGGUGGACAUAGACAUGGUCCUCACCGCAAUUGACGACGUCGAGAAAUCACGCGAAAUAUAUCAACUCAGCCGCGAAGCCAAAAUUCCUAUCAAUGUCGCUGAUAUACCAGACGCUUGCGACUUCUAUUUUGGCUCGCAGGUACGUGAUGGACCGCUGCAAAUCAUGAUUUCUACGAACGGGGACAGUCCGAGAAUGGCUGCAAUGAUCAGACAAAGGAUAGAAAGGUGUUUGAGUGGAUACGAGGGCGAAGCAGUGAAGAAAGCUGGUGCACUCAGGAGCAAAUUGAAAGAGAGAGCUCCGGGUGUGGGAGGGGAGGUUGGUAAGAAGAGGAUGAGGUGGAUGAUUGAUAUUUGCAAUGCAUGGGAAAUGGAGGAUUUCACGGUUCUGGACGACGAACUUAUCAAGAGGUUGCUAGAUGAAGGUUGGGAGAAGCAUCGUGUUCCUAAACUCGCGGACAUAGGCGGAAGUCGAGACAAACCAGCCAUCGCAGCGUCACCUGCUACAAUUGUACCGUACGCGGUCGGUGCCAUCGUGGGCGCAAUCGGUUGCGCAUUUGCCUAUCGUAGAUGA